CGAUAAUUCCACCUCGGUUGACGCUGGUAUCUGGCACUGGGACAAACGGCCAAAACCCUUGUUACGCCUCUUCAAGACAAUCCCAAUGGUACCUCCGUCAAAAAAGCGAAAGCUUCAAUCAGUCGCUGCGCCGGCUGCGAAGCGCAACAAGAACUCCGCAAAAGGCGCUGUCGCGAAGUCCGGCAGCAAAUCAAAAGCAAAUCCUGCACGCAAGCUGGUCGACGUUGCUUCUCUCGGCUGGCAAUCGGUCGGGGAGGAAUUCGGCGGCCUCGAAGUUAUUGAAGGAGUCGAUGUGGUAAGAAAUGGUGGGACUGUGCAGUUUUUAGUGGCGGAGAAGCAACAGCAGCAACCCGAUUCUUCCGACAAAAAACAACGACAGGGGGCGAGCAAGCAAGACGACCGAGCAGACGAGACCCAAGAUGCCGUCGAUGAGCCUUUUGAAGGGCUUGGGGACGGCCCUGUGGAAGGCGAGGAUGUCGAUUCCGGCGAAGCUGGCGAUUCUAAAGGUGGCGUGGAGGGCCAGAGCGGCAAAACGAAAGCUGCAGGAAAAGACAGGGCCGGCGGCGAGAAGAAGGACGCAGACAAGAAGCAAAAAGCGCGGAACAGCAACAGCAAGCUGGCGACGGCCGACAAAGAGCUACAGAAGCCCGCUUCACGCAAGCAGCAGCAGCAAGGCAACUCGUUCGACGCCCUCGUGGCCGUGGGCGACGCAGCAGCAGCAGAAGAAGAGGCAGACAUGGGUGCCUGGGUGGAGCUGAACCUCUCGACGCGCAUCCUGUCGGCGAUUGCGAAGCUGGGAUUCGCGAAGCCGACGCUGAUCCAGGAGAAGACGAUCCCGGAGAUUCUGGCGGGCGAGGACGUGAUUGGAAAGGCGCAGACAGGAUCGGGAAAGACGCUGGCGUUUGGGAUCCCCAUCGUGGAGAAGUGGCUGGAGCUGUAUGAGGAGAAGCGCAACGUGAAGCGCGAGGGCCCUACGGCGGUGGUUCUCAGUCCGACGAGAGAGUUGGCGAAGCAGCUGUCGGACCAUAUCAAGGCGCUCUGCGAUGGAUUGCCGACGGCGCCGUAUGUCUGCACGGUGACUGGUGGUUUGAGCAUUCAGAAGCAGCAGAGACAGCUGGAAAAGGCGGAUAUUGUCAUUGCGACGCCGGGUCGUCUAUGGGAGGUCUUGGACGGCGAUAUGAGCCUCCAGAACUCUUUUACCAAGAUCAAGUUCCUCGUUGUCGAUGAGGCCGACAGAUUAUUCAAGGCAGGACAGUUUAAAGAGGCGGAGGAUAUUAUCGGCGCACUGGAUCGAAAAGACCCCGAGGCGGGCGACGAUGACGACGACGACGAGCUGCCGCCCAGACAGACGCUGGUGUUCUCUGCGACUUUUGAUAAGAACUUGCAGUCAAAGUUGGCGGGUAGAGGGAAGGGCCCGAAGGCUGGGUCAGGCAGCAGCGACGAGGAGAAGAUGGAGUAUUUGAUGAAGUGCCUCAAGUUUCGAAGCGAGCCCAAGUUUAUCGACGUCAACCCGGUGUCACAGAUGGCUACUGGCCUGAAGGAGGGCUUGAUUGAGUGUGGUGCUAUGGAAAAGGAUCUCUAUCUAUAUACAGUCCUCGUCCUCAAUCCUGGCAAACGUACUCUUGUCUUUACAAACUCCAUUUCAGCUGUCCGCCGCCUCACUCCCCUCCUUCAAAACCUCGGUCUCUCAGUCCUUCCCCUACACUCUCAGAUGAUUCAGAAGGCUCGUCUGCGAUCAAUAGAGCGCUUUGCUGCUUCCAAAAACUCCAUCCUCGUCGCGACUGAUGUGGCCGCUCGUGGUCUGGACAUUAAGGAGGUGGAUCAGGUUUUGCAUUAUCAUGUGCCUCGCCAGGCGGAUACUUACAUUCAUCGAUCUGGCCGAACUGCUCGUGGUGAUCGUACCGGUGUGAGCGUCAUUCUGUGCUCUCCAGAAGAGGUCUUGCCCACCCGUCGUCUGGCUGGUAAGGUACAUGCUGAGCGUGACGGCAGCACCAGCCUCAAGCGUGAGCAUUUCAUUGAGACGCUGUCAAUCGAUCGAAAGAUUGCACAGCGUCUAAAGUCUCGAGUAGAUCUCGCUAAGCGCAUCGCGGAUGCUGUUUUGGCAAAGGAAAAGGGCCACAGCGAGGAUCAAUGGCUGCGCAAUGCCGCUGAGGAGCUGGGCGUCGACUACGAUUCUGAAGAGUUUGAUGGCAGUGCGCCGGGCAACUGGGGUGGCCGAGGCGGAGGCCGUAAGAAGAAGGAGAAGGAGGCUCGUCAAUUGAGCAAGGCUGAGAUGGGAGCGCUGCGGGCACAGCUGCGCGAGGAGUUGAGCAAGCGGGUGAAUCUGGGCGUGAGCGAGAAGUACAUUACGGGAGGAAGAGUCGAUAUUGGUGCUUUGCUGAGGGAGAAGGAGAAGGGCACUGUUGGAGGGCUGUUUUUGGGAGGAGAUGGGCUUUUUGGGAUGAACCUAUAGACGUAUAUUAUAUGCCUCUGGAUUUGCACGGGAAAAGGGUCAAGGUAUAAUUGGCACUGCAACAAUUACAAUAUUUAGCAACUGCAUAUAAAACUGCUAAUAGAG